UACUACUACUACUACAAAUACUACUCGGGGCCGCUACAUCUACACUACUACACUACUACCACUACUACUACUACUCCCUACACUAUUUUGGGACUCACAUGCUACUACUCUACUACAAACUACUACGGGGAAGGGCUCCCUGCUAUUUACUACAAACUCCCUACUACUACUACUCUACUACUAAAACACGGGGCCCUCUCCCUGCUACACUACUACUACUACUACUACUCUACUAUUUAAUACGGGGAACGCCCCGCUACUAUUUUUUUCUCUCUACUAUUUAAAUACUACUCACUACUAUUACUAACUACUACUACUACUGGGACUCUACAUGCUCAAUGGCUCAGGCUAAUGAGGUGUGUGUGUGUGUGUGUGUGUGUGUGUGUGUGUGUGUGUGUGUGUGUGUGUGUGUGUGUCUCUCUCUUUCUCUCCCAGGCCGCUCCUACAGUGUGUUCUCUCAGCGCAUGUUGAACCAGUGUCUGGAAUCUCUGCUGCAGAAGAUCCAGAGUGGAGUGGUCCUCAGCUUUGAGAAGACAGGCCCUGACCCCUCUCCUGGAGAGGGUAAGACGCUAUCAUAGUGACGGAAGUCCCAGGAUGUGAUCUUUAAUGGUCAAAACGUGGUACAAUGGUCUUCAGUGCAAAAACUUCAUAAAAGGCAUCUGGCAGAAGUAAAUAUAUCCACAAACACAAAUAUAAUUUUAUAUAUAUCUUAAAUUACUGCAAGAAUUUGAUAUAAUCCUCUAACCAAUUUAUAAGAUUCAGGGAUUGACUGCGGAAGUGUGAUUUAGGAUGGCAUCACUUUCACAGGGGAGAGAGAGCGUGAGAGGGAGAGAUUGAUGGAGAUUGGGGACAGUCUCAAUUGAAUAUUCAUUGCGUCCUCUCCUCGCCUCCUUCUCAAAACCCAUUGGAUGAGAGAGCCAGAGGUCCCUUGAAGGAGGCGAGGAGAAUGCAAUUGAGAUUUGUCUUAUUGACAGCCAGUUGUUUUUCGUUCCCCUAGCCUCUAUGCAGGUGUAGAUCUGAUUCACUUCAUUUAACUCUCUUUCUGUCUCUGUGUCCAGAUGAGAUCCUGAAGUCCGGCCCCCAGUCCUGGCACUGCUGCCGCAAGCUGAUCUACGUACGACCCAACCCCAAGACUGGUGUGCCCAUCGGACACUGGCCCAUUCCUGAAGCCUUCUGGCCCGACACUAACUCCCCCACCCUGGUAAGAGAGCAAGGGGGUGUGUGUGUGUUUGCGUGUGUUUGUUUGCGCGUGUGUGUGUGUGUGUUUGCGCGUGUGUGUGUGUUUGCGCGUGUGUGUGUGUGUGUGUUUGCGCGUGUGUGUGUUUGCGCGUGUGUGUGUGUGUGUUUGCGCGUGUGUGUGUGUGUGUUUUGCGCGUGUGUGUGUGUGUGUGUGUUUGCGCGUGUGUGUAUGUGUUUGCGCGUGUGUGUAUGUGUUUGCGCGUGCGUGUGUUUGCGCGUUUUGUGCAUGUGUUUGUGUUUGCGAGCGUGUGUGUGUGUGUGUGUGUGUGUUUGUGUGUGUGUGUGUGUGUGAGAGAGAGAAGGAAGAGUGAUGUUGGUGUGUGUGUUAGGGUUGGGCGGUAUCCAGAUUUUCAUACCUUCAUACCGUCCUUCUCUCACCCCGGGAUUUACGGAGUUACCGUCUUAUUACACAAGGGGGCGCCAAAAAUGUAGCCCAUUGGGCGUCUAUUACCAGAAUGCUAACACAUUAGCACAAUAAUUGUGAAUUUCUAUGGAGGCUGCUAGCUAAAUAUGCUAACGAGCGUAAACGAAAAUAAACUAAUUGCAAAGACAGGCAAUCCAGCUCAUAAAGGUAUACAUAUAUAGGUAGGCGCUACCGAAUGUCAUUUUUUGGUGAGUUUGGACAUUUACAAGCGAGUGUGAACUAGAGACGUUGUGCAAAUGAACGAAGUUUUGACGCUUGUCUGAAGGAAGAACAGGACUGGCCCUCUAGCAGCAUGUCUACACACUGUGUCUGUGUGGAGUCGCUAGGGCAACGGGCCUGCCUGCUCUGCUUGGAGAAGAUGUGGGGAGGAGCAGACGGGCUGAGACCUGAGAGGAGGAAAAAAAUGCAAGGAAAUCAAGAUGGCAGUGGCAGCUGUACAGAUAACUCAUCCAAUGGGCUUUGACUUCUCAAACACGGCAGAAAGCCAACAUAAUAUGAUGCCCCGUCACCUUAUUAAUUCAGCCACUUACUGAGAUAGCAAGUUAAACUUAAGGGUUCUGUUAAUGCAGAAUUCCGUGUUUUUCACGCAGGAAAAAAAGAUAAAACGCAUAAGAAAUAUCUUGCUGCGUUUUGUAAAUGCAGAUUUAAAUGUAUUCUUAUUGUAAAUUCUGCUCGCCAUCAGACUCAUUUUGGGCUUCAGUUGCCCUUCUAAACUCGGAUGAGAAUUCACAAAUUGGCAUUUUAUCAGCAGACAGCUCUGACCGAUGUGGAGCUACUUUUUUCUGGUACUUUUAUCGGUUUAACCAGCCUACAUUUCUCUGGUAAAAUGCAAGAUUAACUUUUAAGCAAAACAUUAGGAAAUGUAGCAGGCUACAUUCUUUCUAUGAUAGGCCUAAACAUUUUGAAAUAUGAUGGCCAUGAUUUGUUUUUGCAAAAUGACCUUGCUUUUUCAUUGUAAGCUCAUUUACUUGUGUGGCUGCCAGCCAAAUAGCGUUGCACUUCUGUUGUCGUCUGAUGAAAACGAAGCUAUUUUCUGCCGAAUGUGUUGCACUAAUGUAUUUUCUGUGAAGGAACACUACAGUUGCACGUCCCCUGAUCACUCUAUUGAAACAAGAAAACACUGUUGACUUUCAAUAUAAAACGGGACCCCUGUCAAUACACAGCUGGACUUCCCCUGCUCACACUUUCUCCUGUUGUUCUAUUAACAAACAAACAGGUGACUGGCUCAACUGUUCUGGGGAACUACUUAAGCUUCCUAACGUAAAAUAAUGUGACAGGUGAAAUGAAGAACGUGAUCUGCUUUAUCUCCUAACGCAUUGCACAAGCUGACUGCAGGUAUUUACUUAAAGAAUAGCUACAAAUAUUUAUAUUUAUCGAAGAACUUUCAAAAAAAAAAUAGUUUCAACGGUAUUGACGGUAUUGGAAAAACCAUCCCGUGGCUAUUUCCAAAUACCCCGGUAUACGUUAUACCGCCCAAACCUAUUGUGUAUUUCUGUAUGUUUUCUCUGAUGUCCAACUUGUAUUGCCCCUCUCCCAGCCCCCCCGCUCGGUACACCCCCACGUGCGUUUCUCCUGCCUGGAUGCUGAGCCCAUGGUGAUAGACAAGGUUCCCUUUGACAAGUACGAGCUGGAGCCUUCGCCCCUCACACGGUACAUCCUGGAGAGGAAGGCCCCUCACACCUGCUGGCAGGUACACAACCACACGAUACACACGGUACAUCCUGGAGAGGAAGUCCCCUCACACCUGCUGGCAGGUACACAACCACACGAUACACACGGUACAUCCUGGAGAGGAAGUCCCCUCACACCUGCUGGCAGGUACACAACCACACGAUACACACGGUACAUCCUGGAGAGGAAGUCCCCUCACACCUGCUGGCAGGUACACAACCACACGAUACACACGGUACAUCCUGGAGAGGAAGUCCCCUCACACCUGCUGGCAGGUACACAACCACACGAUACACAUGGUACAUCCUGGAGAGGAAGUCCCCUCACACCUGCUGGCAGGUACACAACUCCACACGGUACAUCCUGGAGAGGAAGUCCCCUCACACCUGCUGGCAGGUACACAACCACACGAUACACAGCAUUAUACUACACAACACACAAAGCUUUCCUAGACACAACACUACACACAACACUACACACAAUACUACACUACACACUACGCUACACACAAUGCUACACACAACACUACACAACACCCUCAUCCACUCUAAAUACUCAGCACACUCUUUUGUCCUUACCAGUGAAGUGAUAAAAUAGUAUCCAUGUAAUUCCAUAUUUCCUUCCUUUGUAUAUACCGGGAUCUGAUUCAGUAAAUCCCAUUAGGUGGACUUGUUUGUCUCUCACUCUGUUUUCUCCCUCCCUCCCUCCCUCCCUCCCUCCCCCCCUCCCUCCCUCCCUCCCUCCCUCCCUCCCUCCCUCCCUCUCUCUCUCUCCCUCCCUCCCUCCCUCCCUCCCUCGUUCCUCUUCCCCUCUAGGUGUUUGUAAGUAACAGUGCCAAGUACAGUGACCUGGGCCAGCCCUUUGGCUACCUGAAGGCCAGCACGGCUCUCAACUGUGUCAACCUGUUUGUCAUGCCCUACAACUACCCUGUUGUACUGCCUCUACUGGGUAAGACCUGGGAGCCGUCCUAAUACUCUAACUACCCUGUUGUACUGCCUCUACUGGGUAAGACCUGGGACCCGUCCUAAUACUCUAACUACCCUGUUGUACUGCCUCUACUGGGUAAGACCUGGGACCCGUCCUAAUACUCUAACUACCCUGUUGUACUGCCUCUACUGGGUAAGACCUGGGACCCGUCCUAAUACUCUAACUACCCUGUUGUACUGCCUCUACUGGGUAAGACCUGGGACCCGUCCUAAUACUCUAACUACCCUGUUGUACUGCCUCUACUGGAUAAGACCUGGGACCCGUCCUAAUACUCUAACUACCCUGUUGUACUGCCUCUACUGGGUAAGACCUGGGACCCGUCCUAAUACUCUAACUACCCUGUUGUACUGCCUCUACUGGGUAAGACCUGGGACCCGUCCUAAUACUCUAACUACCCUGUUGUACUGCCUCUACUGGGUAAGACCUGGGACCCGUCCUAAUACUCUAACUACCCUGUUGUACUGCCUCUACUGGGUAAGACCUGGGACCCGUCCUAAUACUCUAACAACCCUGUUGUACUGCCUCUACUGGGUAAGACCUGGGACCCGUCCUAAUACUCUAACUACCCUGUUGUACUGCCUCUACUGGGUAAGACCUGGGACCCGUCCUAAUACUCUAACUACCCCGUUGUACUGCCUCUACUGGGUAAGACCUGGGACCCGUCCUAAUACUCUAACUACCCUGUUGUACUGCCUCUACUGGGUAAGACCUGGGACCCAUCCUAAUACUCUAACUACCCUGUUGUACUGCCUCUACUGGGUAAGACCUGGGACCCAUCCUAAUACUCUAACUACCCCGUUGUACUGCCUCUACUGGGUAAGACCUGGGACCCGUCCUAAUACUCUAACUACCCUGUUGUACUGCCUCUACUGGGUGAGACCUGGGACCCGUCCUAAUACUCUAACUACCCUGUUGUACUGCCUCUACUGGAUAAGACCUGGGACCCGUCCUAAUACUUCAACUAAGAACCUACAGGAGGGUGUCUCUCCAGGAACAGGGUUGGAGUGAAAACCUACAGGAGGGCAGGGCUGGGCGAUUAUAUAGAAUUAAUUCAAAUGUGUUUUAGCGCAAUGUUCCAAAUGCCUGUAUCGCAAGAACCCUUCGCUCCUUCUGUGCACUUUCCCACCAAGCCCCCCCCCCCCCCCCCCCCCCCCCCCCCUGCCAAGACGAAAGAUAACUUCUUCCUCUCUGACAACAAGCAGUUUAAAACUCUAUUUGCGUUUGAGGUUUGGUCCAACAGAAUGUAGAACAGAUCAGACCCUACUAAGACAGCAGUAUCAAUGAACAUGAUUGUGGAAAAUGAAUGUUCAGUUUCUGUCGCGUGCAGCCAUUGUGGUACCAUGUACUGUCUAGUCUGUGUUUAAUAAACGAACGAGGAUCAUGAAAAGAUGCAUUUAUAUCAGGAAUUGGCAACUCGUUCUCAUUCUGAGAAAUAAGCAUCUUCUUAUCCAGGUAGGCCACUUGAUUUCAACAUCUAAACAAAGUGAACAGGCUAUGUUGUUCAAACAGUUGGAGACGGACAGGAGGGUGUGUUCAUAACAGUUACAUUUACGUCAUUUAGCAGACGCUCUUAUCCAGAGCGACUUACAAAUUGGUGCAUUCACCUUAUGAUAGCCACUUUACAAUUAUUAUUAUUAUUAUUUUUUUUGGGGGUAAGGGGAGGUAGAAGGAUUACUUUAUCCUAUCCCAGGUAUUCCUUAAAGAGGUGGGGUUUCAAAUGUCUCCGGAAGGUGGUGAGUGACUCCGCUGUCCUGGCGUCGUGAGGGAGCUUGUUCCACCAUUGGGGUGCCAGAGCAGCGAACAGUUUUGACUGGGCUGAGCGGGAACUAUGCUUCCGCAGAGGAAGGGGAGCCAGCAGGCCAGAGGUGGAUGAACGCAAUGCCCUCGUUUGGGUGUAGGGACUGAUCAGAGCCUGAAGGUACAGAGGUGCCGUUCCCCUCACAGCUCCAUAGGCAAGCACCAUGGUCUUGUAGCAGAUGCGAGCUUCAACUGGAAGCCAGUGGAGUGUACGGAGGAGGGGGGUGACGUGAGAGAACUUGGGAAGGUUGAACACCAGACGGGCUGCGGCAUUCUGGAUGAGUUGUAGGGGUUUAAUGGCACAGGCAGGGAGGCCAGCCAACAGCGAGUUGCAGUAAUCCAGACGGGAGAUGACAAGUGCCUGGAUUAGGACCUGUGCCGCUUCCUGUGUAAGGCAGGGUCGUACUCUGCGAAUGUUGUAGAGCAUGAACCUACAGGAUCGGGUCACAGCCUUAAACUGUUCUACCUUGUUAGCAAGCCAAUGGAUCCAAGUUGACUUUAAAUAUAAAGAUUAGCUGGCCACUCACUAGCAGGUGGGCUCGUGUUUGAGAGAUCGUUUAUGAGACCUUUUCUAUAAUGCCUGCUAUAAGAGGUUGGUCAUUAUUAGUGGAUGUGCAUUAUGCAUGGUUCUGGUAAAAUUUGUAACAAAAAUGGAUUUUUCAUAGACGGACUUGAAAGCCAGAUAAUGCAAAUAGUAGAGGGUCUUAUGCUUAUGGAUAAGCAUGUAUAAUUUAUAAGCCCUGAAUUCAUUAGAUUAUUCCUGACUGUUUUGAAAUGCAGUGUAUUGACCUGGGUUUCCGUUAGCCGGUAAAAGCUGGCUUUUGACCAACAAAAUUCGAAAUGAAAAAAGCCUAUAAAUAAAAUUGUUGCCGACCAAAUUGUCCGGGAGAAAAAAAGAAAUCCAUUGCAAAAUAAUGUUUUUUUUUUUUUAAAUUAAUUGAUGGAAAUACCAGUUAAUGUGCAAAAAUAAUAAAUCAUCAAGCUGCUGGACAUUUAGUAUAGGGGGAGUUUCUAUUAUAACUCAAGCUGAAGACGUGAGGUCCUCAUAAGGGACUUCAGCUAAGUGUCCCCUGACUGGACAGAAGACGCCAGGUCCUCAUAAGGGACUUCAGCUAAGUGUCCCCUGACUGGACAGAAGACGCCAGGUCCUCAUAAGGGACUUCAGCUAAGUGUCCCCUGACUGGACAGAAGACGUGAGGUCCUCAUAAGGGACUUCAGCUAAGUGUCCCCUGACUGGACAGAAGACAUGAGGUCCUCAUAAGGGACUUCAGCUAAGUGUCCCCUGACUGGACAGAAGACGCCAGGUCCUCAUAAGGGACUUCAGCUAAGUGUCCCCUGACUGGACAGAAGACGCCAGGUCCUCAUAAGGGACUUCAGCUAAGUGUCCCCUGACUGGACAGAAGACGCGAGGUCCUCAUAAGGGACUUCAGCUAAGUGUCCCCUGACUGGACAGAAGACGCGAGGUCCUCAUAAGGGACUUCAGCUAAGUGUCCCCUGACUGGACAAAACUGGAGAAGAUUGUGUUGAUUAUCCCCGUUUCCAGUGAGCCCGCCGAGAGGGGAUUCUUUCUCCAAAACAAGAGUAAAGACGGCCUCCAGAUCGCCCCCUUCUUGAGGACAGAGUAGCGAGGCUGAUGUGCAUCAAGUUGCUCCAAGUAGUUGGACAGUUCUUCCCAGCAGCAGCCGCGGCUCGCUUUGAGCAGGCCAUGGUCCACCGCCACAAACGCAAGUAUAUUAGAGGCAUAUUAUUGUGUUGGUCAGGCCCGGUCCCAGCAGUUCUGCUGCCUCCCUAGGCAAGAUCAACAUAUGCCUCCCCUGUGUCAUGUAUAGUAUAACGAUGUGGAAUGGAUUGAUAGACUAGAGUAAUGAUUUGUAUAUUUGCACAAUUGGUGCAUUUCAGUUGAGCUUAUUCCGUAGCACUUGGAAACUAAACAUCGUUGGCAACUAUUCACAUCGGAGAGUUACAAUGUUGCAAUCACUAGGCAGCCAACUGUCUAUAGUAGGAAACAGAGUUGUUAUCAAUCACCAGGCAGCCAACUGUCUAUAGUAGGAAACAGUUAUCAAUCACUAGGCAGCCAACUGUCUAUAGUAGGAAACAGAGUUGUUAUCAAUCACCAGGCAGCCAACUGUCUAUAGUAGGAAACAGUUAUCAAUCACCAGGCAGCCAACUGUCUAUAGUAGGAAACAGAGUUGUUAUCAAUCACCAGGCUGCCAACUGUCUAUAGUAGGAAACAGAGUUGUUAUCAAUCACUAGACAGCCAACUGUCUAUAGUAGGAAACAGUUAUCAAUCACUAGACAGCCAACUGUCUAUAGUAGGAAACAGUUAUCAAUCACCAGGCAGCCAACUGUCUAUAGUAGGAAACAGAGUUGUUAUCAAUCACUAGACAGCCAACUGUCUAUAGUAGGAAACAGUUAUCAAUCACCAGGCAGCCAACUGUCUAUAGUAGGAAACAGAGUUGUUAUCAAUCACUAGACAGCCAACUGUCUAUAGUAGGAAACAGAGUUGUUAUCAAUCACUAGACAGCCAACUGUCUAUAGUAGGAAACAGUUAUCAAUCACCAGGCAGCCAACUGUCUAUAGUAGGAAACAGAGUUGUUAUCAAUCACUAGGCUGCCAACUGUCUAUAGUAGGAAACAGUUAUCAAUCACUAGACAGCCAACUGUCUAUAGUAGGAAACAGUUAUCAAUCACUAGACAGCCAACUGUCUAUAGUAGGAAACAGUUAUCAAUCACCAGGCAGCCAACUGUCUAUAGUAGGAAACAGAGUUGUUAUCAAUCACUAGGCAGCCAACUGUCUAUAGUAGGAAACAGAGUUGUUAUCAAUCACCAGGCAGCCAACUGUCUAUAGUAGGAAACAGAGUUGUUAUCAAUCACCAGGCAGCCAACUGUCUAUAGUAGGAAACAGAGUUGUUAUCAAUAAGCCACCUAUAUCACACAUGACACAAGUCACGACCCCAAUAAACAUAACAGUUAUUAACAUCAUCCAGUAGAACUGUAUAAAGAGAGAAAUAAUUUGAGCUUUCAUAAAUGCAUGGCGAGGGCCUCGUUUCUCAGGAGCGUUGUAAAAUAAGCUUUCUCUCAAUAAACCAGCCUUGAUGGAUUUUGUUUAUUUACAUAUCAAAUUUCAUUGUCCAACAUCAGUUUUAUAAUUUCUCCAUUUUGUGGAUGCCUAGAGUUUCCACUCUCCAUUGCUGUGGGGCGGGCCGGCCGGUCACGGCUAGAAGGGAUCAAGCUUUUGUCAAAUUAACAUCAAAACUUUUGGUGGAUUUGAGCUAACCCUAACCCUUUUCCUAACCUUAACCUAAUUAUCCUAACCUGCUACGUUAAUUUUCCUAACCACUGCAUAAGUUCUCCUAACCUGCUACGAAAAGUCAAAUCUGACGUUAAUUUGACAAAAGCUGGAUCCCUUCUAGCCAUUACCGGCCGGCCCUGGUGUUCCUAGACAGCCAUGUUGUGUUAUUUAUUAGGCUUAAUUAAAAUGUUAAUUAAAUGACAUUAGAGAGGCUUAGAUUGUAUUUGAAAACAGCUGUGUUUUUGUUAUUUAUGAAUUAAAAAAUGUGUGCAAAUAGCCCAGGGAUGGGCAACUGGCGGGCCGAGUUCUUUAGGAACUCGGUCGGGGGUCUCAACUUCCUGUUGUGAGUUAGAAUAAUAGAAUACAUGAAAUGUGGUUGAUCAUCAGCAGUCACUCAAUUAACCCAUGUCAUCUAAAUGUUUUUAGAUUGUUAAGUUAGUCUAGCGGCCAGCUAUCUAAAUUUGUAGUAAUCAUGGUCGAAUUACCGACCGGGGUCGAGCCCAUUUGAUCAUCAGUUAUAAUAUUAAAAACGGCAAACAUUUGCCUCCCCACCCUGUGGCAAAAUGUGCAGAUUUGCAGGAAAUUAACUUUUAAAACAGAUUUUUUAUUUUUUUUGCUGUCACAUGGGGGGCCACUAAAAUAUUUUACUGGCAAGGUGGGAGGGGGUAUGGAUGUGGGUACAUAGACACACAAGCCAAUGCGGCCCGUCAUGAUGAGUUCUGUUUUUUUUUGUGGCCCCCAACCCCAUCAAAGUUGCCCAUUCCUGAAAUGGCCUGUCGGACAGGAAAUUCGCAAAUUAUAUUUUACAAAUAUUACAUUUUUUAAGUUGUUUUAUUACUGUUUAGGCGACUUAUUCUUCUAGGCUAAACGUUAAAAAAACAAUAUAUAUAUUUAAUUUUUUUAUUUUAUGAUUCAUAGCAGGGAUGAAGACUCAAAUAAAACCUGUCAUGUUGGUAUAAGAACAUCGUUCUACUUUAUUUUAUUACAACUUUACAGGCGAAUUUCUAUUCUGUUAAGAUUAAUUUAAAUAAUCAAAAUGUGAUUUUGAGCACCACCGUGUUACACACCCAAUGCAUAUGGAUGUCCGGUUAAUUUCUCAAAUGUCCGGCAAAUUAAAAUAUUUUCCGGUCACGUGGUCCGGUGCCACAUUUUCUGAACGAAAACCCUGGUAUUGACCUUUGUAAUUUGGGCAAUAUUUUUUUUUCAAGAUGUAUAUCGUUAAUCGCUCAUAAGUUUGAAAAAAUUAAAUACGAUUUUUUAGACCAUAUCGCCCAACCCUAUAGGAAGGUCGCUCUCCAGGAAACAGGGUUGGAGAGACCUGCUCUAGUAUCUAGAAAAGCAUCAUUGUGCCCACGAGCCCUGUGGUGUAUUCAUUAUGCUGAUUCUGUUGCGAAACAUCUCCUUAAACGGAAGCAAACAAAACCGGGUGGGACCUACCUGAAUUUAUCCAAUAGAAACGCUCUGUUUUGGACCAACGCUUCCAUGCCUGACGUAGAGCGCUGUGGCGCCCCUACCAGGCCAGCAGAGGGCGUGGUGGUUCUCUGCCUCUCUAAAGGCCUGGUGUGCUGUGUGUUUGCUGCAGAUGAUUUGAUCCGGGUGCACAAGUUCAAGCCCUCCAUGAAAUGGCGUCAGUCGUUUGAGAACUACCUGAAGACCAUGCCUCCCUACUACAUUGGGGUAAGUCAACUAUACAUGGGGCUGGCCACUGUUUUAUCUGGAGAGUUAGGGGACAUUGAGGUUUCUGCGUGAUGAUGCGUUUUACAUGACACAGUAAUAAUCAAAUCAUUCGAUAUGGUAGCCAUGGGCAAUAUUGACCCAUAACAGUUCAUGGAAUUUUCAAAAUUUUAAACAGUGCUAUGUAACUGAACGUCAAGAAAAUAAAAUCCCAAAUAGUUAAAUAAAGUCAUGAAUGGAUAAAUGGAUUGCUCAAAGGCGCUGACGUGACGUCCGUUCUAAAAGUUAUCCCAUCUCUCUAAAUAUAUGGCUCUGAUAUCCACCGUUAGGUGUUAACAUGGCUGCCAUGGAGAUUGGUGACAUUUUGGUUGCAAUGUGUGGUCUUGACGAUGCCCCUUCCUCUCCUGCAGUCCCUCCGGAAGGCGCUAAGGAUCAUGGGAGCUCCCAACCUCCUGGCCGAUAACAUAGAGUAUGGUCUGAGUUACAGUGUAGUGUCCUACCUUAAGAAGCUCAGCCAGCAGGUAGGUACACUCUGUGUUUAUGGUUGGUGUGUUUAUGGUUGGUGUGUUUGGUUGGUGUGUUUAUGGUUAGUGUGUUUAUGGUUGGUGUGUGUGUGUGCUUAUGGUUGGUUGGUGUGUGUGUUUAUGGUUGGUGUGUGUGUGUGUGUGUUUUAUGGUUGGUGUGCAUGGUGUGUGAUUGGUGGUGGUUGUGUGUGUGUGUGUGUGUGUUGUUUAUGGUUGGUUGGUGUGUGUGUGUUGUGUUUAUGGUUUGGUUGGUCUUGUGUGUGUGUUUAGGUUGGUUGGUUGUGUGUGUUGUGUGGUUGUGUGUGUGUGUGUGUGUGUGUGGUGUUUUAUGUUGGUGUGUGUGUGUGUGUGUGUGUGUUUAUGGUUGGUGUGUGUGUGUGUGUUCAUGGUUGGUGUGUGUGUGUGUUUAUGGUUGGUGUGUGUGUGUGUUUAUGGUUGGUGUGUGUGUGUGUUUAUGGUUGGUGUGGGUGUGUGUUUAUGGUUGGUGUGUGUGUGUGUGUGUGUUUAUGGUUGGUGUGUGUGUGUGUUUAUGGUUGGUGUGUGUGUGAGUGCAUACUGUCUUGGGUCCCAUUCAGUUCCAGAACUAUCCAUGCCUUCAGAAAGUGUUCAUACCUUUUGACUUAUUCCAAAUAAUGUUGUUACAGUCUGAAUUCAAAAUGGAUUACAGAAAUGUUUUUGCUCACUCAUCUACACAGUACCCCAUAAUAACGAAGUGAAAACAUGUUUUUAGACAUUUUUGCAAAUGUAUUGAAAAUGAAAUACCGAUAUACGAAGUAUCUCAUUUACAUAAGUAUUCACACCCGUGAGUCAAUACAUCUUAGAAUCACUUUUGGCAGCGAUUACAGCUGUGAGUCUUUCUGGAUAAGUCUCUAAGAGCUUUCCACACCUGGAUUGUGCAACAUUUGCCCAUUUAUUCUUUAAAAAAAUCUUCAAGCUCUGUCAAAUUGCUUGCUGGUCAUUGAUAGAUAAAUAUUUUCAAGCAGAUUUCAGUCAAAACUGUAACUCUGCCACUCAGGAACAAUUACUGUCUUUUUGGUAAAAAAAUAACAUUUUUUAGGUUAUUGUCCUGCUGAAAGAUUAAUUCAUCUCCCAGUGUCUGGUGGAAAGCAGACUGAACCAGGGUUUCCUCUAGUCUCCCAGUGUCUGGUGGACAGCAGACUGAACCAGGGUUUCCUCUAGUCUCCCAGUGUCUGGUGGACAGCAGACUGAACCAGGGUUUCCUCUAGUCUCCCAGUGUCUGGUGGACAGCAGAUGGAACCAGGUUUUCCUCUAGUCUCCCAGUGUCUGGUGGACAGCAGACUGAACCAGGGUUUCCUCUAGUCUCCCAGUGUCUGGUGGAAAGCAGACUGAACCAGGGUUUCCUCUAGUCUCCCAGUGUCUGGUGGAAACCAGACUGAACCAGGUUUUCCUCUAGUCUCCCAGUGUCUGGUGGACAGCAGACUGAACCAGGGUUUCCUCUAGUCUCCCAGUGUCUGGUGGACAGCAGACUGAACCAGGUUUUCCUCUAGUCUCCCAGUGUCUGGUGGACAGCAGACUGAACCAGGGUUUCCUCUAGUCUCCCAGUGUCUGGUGGACAGCAGACUGAACCAGGGUUUCCUCUAGUCUCCCAGUGUCUGGUGGACAGCAGACUGAACCAGGGUUUCCUCUAGUCUCCCAGUGUCUGGUGGACAGCAGACUGAACCAGGUUUUCCUCUAGUCUCCCAGUGUCUGGUGGAGACUGAACCAGGGUUUCCUCUAGUCUCCCAGUGUCUGGUGGACAGCAGACUGAACCAGGGUUUCCUCUAGUCUCCCAGUGUCUGGUGGACAGCAGACUGAACCAGGGUUUCCUCUAGUCUCCCAGUGUCUGGUGGCCAGCAGACUGGACCAGGUUUUCCUCUAGUCUCCCAGUGUCUGGUGGACAGCAGACUGAACCAGGUUUUCCUCUAGUCUCCCAGUGUCUGGUGGACAGCAGACUGAACCAGGUUUUCCUCUAGUCUCCCAGUGUCUGGUGGAAAGCAGACUGGACCAGGGUUUCCUCUAGUCUCCCAGUGUCUGGUGGAAACCAGACUGAACCAGGUUUUCCUCUAGUCUCCCAGUGUCUGGUGGACAGCAGACUGAACCAGGGUUUCCUCUAGUCUCCCAGUGUCUGGUGGACAGCAGACUGGACCAGGGUUUCCUCUAGUCUCCCAGUGUCUGGUGGAAAGCAGACUGAACCAGGGUUUCCUCUAGUCUCCCAGUGUCUGGUGGAAAGCAGACUGGACCAGGGUUUCCUCUAGUCUCCCAGUGUCUGGUGGAAAGCAGACUGAACCAGGGUUUCCUCUAGUCUCCCAGUGUCUGGUGGACAGCAGACUGAACCAGGUUUUCCUCUAGUCUCCCAGUGUCUGGUGGACAGCAGACUGAACCAGGGUUUCCUCUAGUCUCCCAGUAUCUGGUGGAAACCAGACUGAACCAGGUUUUCCUCUAGGAUUUUGCUUGUGCUAAGCUCCAUUCUUUUUUUUUCUUUUUUUAUAAACUCCCCAGUCCUUAACGAUGACAAGCAUACCCAUAUUAUGGGGUGUUGUGUGGAGGCCAGUGACAAUACAUUCUGUCUGUAACACAACAAAAUGUGGAAAAAUUCAAGGGGUGUGAAUACUUUCUGAAGGCACUGUAUUCUCACUUGGUUUCCAUUCACUCCUCCUCCACGUAUUUUCUCCUCAGACCAAGAUCGAAUACGAGCGGCUGGUAGCGUCUGUUGCUAAGAAGGUGGUAGCGGAGGGUGGCAUCACGGUGCGUGCCCGCGGUGGGAACAUCUCCCUGGCCCAGCGCAGAGACUUCACCCAGCUUCUGGCCAGCAUCACAGGAGAGACGCCCGCCCUUCCCCUCGACCUCAACCCUAAAGAGUUCUCUGGCUUUCAGCUGGCGCCGCUCAACAAGGUCAGCAGCACUUGACGACGAACAGCCCUUGCCUGUAAUGCUUGAGGAUGAAGACGUCAUGUUAUCUCUGGAGAUGUUCACAUAGAGAUACUGUAUGUUGUUUAGAACAGCCAUGAUUCCCUGUCAUGUAGUAUUAAGUGUAUCAGCUCUACACAUGACUAAUCUAUAUCUCCUAUUUCUGCGUAUUGAAUGUACUGUAUAUGUGUAAUAAUGUUGGGUGGGAUACCAGUACCACAGCAACAACAAGUUACGAUACCGUCAUUUUAGAAAACCAUAGUACCGUCUCAUAUGAUACCACCACAUCUCUCUUUCUCUCUGUGUAGAGUCUGAAACCUCAGGGUUUCCGGAAUGCCUAUGACAUUCCCAGAAUGCACCUGCUGGAUCAGCUGAGCCGCAUGAGGAGGAACCUGCUCGGCACCAGCUGUCUGCUCCGCGGACACGACCCAGGUGGGUGUGGGUGGGUCAGGUGGUUGUGGUUGUGUGUGUGUGUGUGUGUGUGUACAGAAAUGCAAUUCAGUUCUUAAAUGAACUGGAAUUAGUCUCGCUACCAGUUUUGUUAAGGAAGAGACUAAGACUGAAUUUGAGCCCAACCCUGACCUGUCUACUCUGCCUUCAUAUGUCCUCCUGUUUGUCCAGACCAGCUCCACAGUGUCCCCAUCGCCCAGAUGGGGAACUACCAGGACUUCCUCAAGGCCCUUCCCCAACCCCUCAGAGACGCAGACCCUGAGCAACCCAAACGCCUGCACACCUUCGGAAACCCCUUCAAACUGGACAAGAAGGUAGGACCUGCCUGUCUACAGCUUUCACUCUCCCCGUGUACCUCUCACUACCAUUAUCCUCCACUUAGGCAUUAUAAAGGGUCUGAAAUCAGCCGGUCAGACCUUCACAAUUUCCUUUUGUUUCCAGAAACGUCCAUCUAGGGACGGUGUUGAACAUUAGAAAGCUAAAAAGCCUUUGUGAUUGGUCCAAAUAAACAAAUUCCUUUUUUUUAACGUCUCUGAUUGGUUGUAGUCAGUCAUGUCAUAUUUGUUCAUCCUGUUUCUCUAGGGGAUGAUGAUUGACGAGGCGGAUGAGUUUGUGACGGGUCCCCAGAACAAGGGCAAGCGCCCGGGGGGUGACUCCAACUUGCACGGGGUCGGGGGUGGGGGCCCUAAGAGACGGAGGUGCAUGUCCCCCCUACUGCGCCCCGGCAGGUCCUAUACACCCCCCGUCAGCCCUGCAGCCAGCCCCUCCAGAACCCCCCUCACUGGUGAGACACUCACACACACACACACACACACACACACACACACACACACACACACACACACACACACACAAGCUAUUGUUGUCAGUGGUCCUCUGUGUUAAAACACUAAUCUGUGAAGCGCUGAGCCUGUAGAAGAAAGCGACAGAAGUUGACAUGUUAAACUGAAUGAAUGACUGUCCCUGCUGCCCCCCCCCCCCUCACAGAGAGGGAGAACAGUGGGAACCUCUACAGCCCAGAGGUGAGAGAGACCGGGACAGGACCGAGACCAGGAGAGAUCCUCUCUGGACCCCCUCUAGGCGGCCCCGGACCAGGGAACCACACGGGGAACCUCUACAGCCCAGAGGUGAGAGAGACCGGGACAGCAGCCCAGCCGAGACAGGGAGAGAUCCUCUCUGGACCCCCUCUAGACGGCCCCGGACCAGGGAACCACAUGGAGGAUGAUGGUGAUGGGGACACGGAGGAGGAGAGCAGGCAUCCCAGAGAUUCGGAGCUCUCGGAGGGCAGUGAGGACGAAGGAGAGACGAGGGGUGUGGAGGAGGAGCGUCUGCCCCGGUACCCCUCCCCCGGGGAGCUGAAGAAGGUGAUGAACAGCGAGAUUCUGGAGGUCAACACUGUGCUACGGACCCUCAUCACCAAGGAGAUACGGAAACCAGGGAGACGUAUGUAACCAGGGGCCACGCCCACACAACACACUACCAUGGCAACCAGAGAAAGUCUCCUCACUUUUUUUGACGACGUUAAAUUGUUAACUUGUGGUGGAAAUGAUGAUACUGGUCUAGAUCCAGAUGUUAAUAGAGACUGGCUGUGUUAUCUGUGGCCUGUACACCGGCUUGCCAAAGUAUUCACCCCCGUUGGCAUUUUUCCUAUUUUGUUGCAUUACAACCUGGAAUUAAAAUGGAUUUUUGGGGGGUUUGUAUCAUUUGAUUUACACAACAUGCCUACCACUUUGAAGAUGCAAAAUAUUUUAUAUUGUGAAACAAACAAGAAAUAAGACAAAAAAACAGAAAACUUGAGCGUGCAUAACUAUUCACCCCCCCCCCCCCACCCAAAGUCAAUACUUUGUAGAGCCACCUUUUGCAGCAAUUACAGCUGCAAGUCUCUUGGGGUAUGUCUCUAUAAGCUUGGCACAUCUAGCCACUGGGAUUUUUGCCCAUUCUUCAAGGCAAAACUGCUCCAGCUCCUUCAAGUUGGAUGGGUUCCGCUGGUGUACAGCAAUCUUUAAGUCAUACCACAGAUUCUCAAUUGGAUUGAGGUCUGGGCUUUGACAAGGCCAUUCCAAGACAUUUAAAUGUUUUCCCUUAAACCACUCGAGUGUUGCUUUAGCAGUAUGCUUAGGGUCAUUGUCCUGCUGGAAGGUGAACCUCUGUCCCAGUCUCUAAUCUCUGUACGACUGAAACAGGUUUCCCUCAAGAAUUUCCCUGUAUUUAGCGCCAUCCAUCAUUCCUUCAAUUCUGACCAGUUUCCCAGUCCCUGCCGAUGAAAAACAUCCCCACAGCAUGAUGCUGCCACCACCAUGGAUGGUGUUCUCGGGGUGAUGAUAGGUGUUGGGUUUGCGCCAGACAUAGUGUUUUCCUUGAUGGCCAAAAAGCUCAAUUUUAGUGUCAUCUGACCAGAGUACCAUCUUCCAUAUGUUUGGGGAGUCUCCCACACAUGCCUUUUGGCGAACACCAAACAUGUUUGCUUAUUUUUUUCUUUAAGCAAUGGCUUUUUUUCUGGCCACUCUUCCGUAAAGCCCAACUCUGUGGAGUGUACUGCUUAAAGUGGUCCUAUGGACAGAUACUCCAAUCUCCGCUGUGGAGCUUUGCAGCUCCUUCAGGGUUAUCUUUGGUCUCUUUGUUGCCUCUCUGAUUAAUGCCCUCCUUGCCUGGUCCGUGAGUUUUGAUGGGCGGCCCUCUCUUGGCAGGUUUGUUGUGGUGCCGUAUUCUUUCAAUUUUUUAAUAAUGGAUUUAAUGGUGCUCCGUGGGAUGUUCAAAGUUUCUGAUAUUUUUUUAUAACCCAACCCUGAUCUGUACUUCUCCACAACUUUGUCCCUGACCUGUUUGGAGAGCUCCUUGGUCUUCAUGGUGCCGCUUGCUUGGUGGUGCCGCUUGCUUAGUGGUGUUGCAGACUCUGGGGCCUUUCAGAACAGGUGUAUAUAUACUGUGAUCAUGUGACACUUAGAUUGCACACAGGUGGACUUUAUUUAACUAAUUAUGUGACUUCUGAAGGUAAUUGGUUGCACCAGAUCUUAUUUAGGGGCUUCAUAGCAAAGGGGGUGAAUACAUAUGCACCACCACUUUUCCGUUAUUUAUUCAUUUUUUUCAUUUCACUUCACCAAUUUGGACUAUUUUGUGUAUGUCCUUUACAUGAAAUCCAAAUAAAAAUCAAUUUAAAUUACAGGUUGUAAUGCAACAAAAUAGGAAAAACGCCAAUGGGGAUGAAUACUUUUGCAAGGCACUGUAUGUCUAGAGGACUGUGUGAUGGUAGUCAUUAAUAUGUGGCCUGUAUGUCUAGAGGACUGUGUGAUGGUAGUCAUUAAUCUGUGGCCUGUAUGUCUAGAGGACUGUGUGAUGGUAGUCAUUAAUAUGUGGCCUGUAUGUCUAGAGGACUGUGUGAUGGUAGUCAUUAAUCUGUGGCCUGUUUGUCUAGAGGACUGUGUGAUGGUAGUCAUUAAUCUGUGGCCUGUAUGUCUAGAGGACUGUUUGAUGGUAGUCAUUAAUCUGUGGCCUGUAUGUCUAGAGGACUGUGUGAUGGUAGUCAUUAAUCUGUGGCCUGUAUGUCUAGAUGACUGUGUGAUGGUAGUCAUUAAUCUGUGGCCUGUAUGUCUAGAGGACUGUUUGAUGGUAGUCAUUAAUCUGUGGCCUGUAUGUCUAGAGGACUGUUUGAUGGUAGUCAUUAAUCUGUGGCCUGUAUGUCUAGAGGACUGUGUGAUGGUAGUCAUUAAUCUGUGGCGUGUAUGUCUAGAGGACUGUGUGAUGGUAGUCAUUAAUCUGUGGUCUGUAUGUCUAGAGGACUGUGUGAUGGUAGUCAUUAAUCUGUGGUCUGUAUGUCUAGAGGACUGUGUGAUGGUAGUCAUUAAUCUGUGGUCUGUAUGUCUAGAGGACUGUGUGAUGGUAGUCAUUAAUCUGUGGUCUGUAUGUCUAGAGGACUGUGUGAUGGUAGUCAUUAAUCUGUGGUCUGUAUGUCUAGAGGACUGUGUGAUGGUAGUCAUUAAUCUGUGGUCUGUAUGUCUAGAGGACUGUGUGAUGGUAGUCAUUAAUCUGUGGUCUGUAUGUCUAGAGGACUGUGUGAUGGUAGUCAUUAAUCUGUGGUCUGUAUGUCUAGAGGACUGUGUGAUGGUAGUCAUUAAUCUGUGGUCUGUAUGUCUAGAGGACUGUGUGAUGGUUGUCAUUCAGUCCACUGACUCUCUCUCCAACCAUUACUCCUUAGACCUAGUUUCAUAGCCUGCCAUGGUUUGAUCUCUCGUCUGAAAUCCCAGAAUGGAAAGUGUUCUAGUUUAAUCGGCAGCUCUCACUCUGCUUGACUCUUCCCUUCUCUCUUGUGUUUUUAUAGACUAUGAAAAAAUCUUCCUUUUCCUGAAGCAGAUCCAAGGAAGCUUUGACACACGGUUGAUAUUCCUCCGGAACAUUAUAAAAGAGGCCACAAGGUGAGGAACACGACCUCCACCAGUACAAGCUUCUAAACAGACUCCAAGUCAAACUAGUAUUACUGUAGUUUUACCAUGUUGGGACAUGAUCAUGAUGGUCAUGAUGGUCCUCUGUAGCUCAGCUGGUAGAGCACGGCGCUUGUAACGCCAAGGUAGUGGGUUCGAUCCCCGGGGACCACCCAUACACAAAAAAUGUAUGCACGCAUGACUGUAAGUCGCUUUGGAUAAAAGCGUCUGCUAAAUGCCUUAUUAUUAUUAUUAUUAUUAUUAUUAUUAUUAUUAUUAUUAUUAUUAUUAUCAGCUUGGAACUCUUCUUUGUAUUACUGUCUGGCUGCUUGUUUUCAGUUUUGAAUACUCAACUAACUUUAAUUUAUACUUUUAUCACUUUAGACGCAUUUCCUGGAGUAUCCUGAACUCCACUAGAGUAUUACAACUAGAACCCCUCUGUAGGCUCUGUUAGGUUUCUCUGUUUAGUUUCUCUGUUAAGUUUCUCUGUUAGGUUUCUCUGUUUAGUUUCUUUAUUGAUGUUCAACUAGACUCUCUAUCCUGUGUAUGUCUUCUAUUUCUGUAUCAAGAACAUCGAGGUAACCUGCCUAAAUGACUACCGCCCCGUAGCACUCACAUCUGUAGCCAUGAAGUGCUUUGAAAGGCUGGUCAUGGCUCACAUCAACACCAUCAUCCCGGAAAACCCUAGACCCACUCCAAUUCGAAUACAGUCCCAAACAGAUCCACAGAUGACGCAAUCUCAAUCGCACUCCACAAUGUCCUUUCCCACCUGGACAAAAGGAACACCUAUGUGAGAAUGCUGUUCAUUGACUACAGUUCAGCGUUCAACACCAUAGUGCCCACAAAGCUCAUCACUAAGCUAAGGACCCUGGGACUAAACACCUACAGUGAGGGGAAAAAAGUAUUUGAUCCCCUGCUGAUUUUGUACGUUUGCCCACUGACAAAGACAUGAUCAGUCUAUAAUUUUAAUGGUAGGUUUAUUUGAACAGUGAGAGACAGAAUAACAACAAAAAAAUCCAGAAAAACUCAAUUUUUAUUAAUUGAUUUGCAUUUUAAUGAGGGAAAUAAGUAUUUGACCCCUCUGCAAAACAUGACUUAGUACUUGGUGGCAAAACCCUUGUUGGCAAUCACAGAGGUCAGACGUUUCUUGUAGUUGGCCACCAGGUUUGCACAUAUCUCAGGAGGGAUUUUGUCCCACUCCUCUUUGCAGAUCUUCUCCAAGUCAUUAAGGUUUCGAGGCUGACGUUUGGCAACUCGAACCUUCAGCUCCCUCCACAGAUGUUCUAUGGGAUUAAGGUCUGGAGACUGGCUAGGCCACUCCAGGACCUUAAUGUGCUUCUUCUUGAGCCACUCCUUUGUUGCCUUGGCCGUGUGUUUUGAGUCAUUGUCAUGCUAGAAUACCCAUCCACAACCCAUUUUCAAUGCCCUGGCUGAGGGAAGGAGGUUCUCACCCAAGAUUUGACGGUACAUGUCCCCGUCCAUCGUCCCUUUGAUGCGGUGAAGUUGUCCUGACCCCUUAGCAGAAAAACACCCCCAAAGCAUAAUGUCUCCACCUCCAUGUUUGACGGUGGGGAUGGUGUUCUUGGGGUCAUAGGCAGCAUUCCUCCUCCUCCAAACACGGCGAGUUGAGUUGAUGCCAAAGAGCUCCAUUUUGGUCUCAUCUGACCACAACACUUUCACCCAGUUCUCCUCUGAAUCAUUCAGAUGUUCAUUGGCAAACUUCAGACGGGCAUGUAUAUGUGCUUUCUUGAGCAGGGGGACCUUGCGGGCGCUGCAGGAUUUCAGUCCUUCACGGCGUAGUGUGUUACCAAUUGUUUUCUUGGUGACUAUGGUCCCAGCUGCCUUGAGAUCAUUGACAAGAUCCUCCCGUGUAGUUCUGGGCUGAUUCCUCACCGUUCUCAUGAUCAUUGCAACUCCACAAGGUGAGAUCUUGCAUGGAGCCCCAGGCCGAGGGAGAUUGACAGUUCUUUUGUGUUUCUUCCAUUUGCGAAUAAUCGCACCAACUGUUGUCACCUUCUCACCAAGCUGCUUGGCGAUGGUCUUGUAGCCCAUUCCAGCCUUGUGUAGGUCUACAAUCUUGUCCCUGACAUCCUUGGAGAGCUCUUUGGUCUUGGCCAUGGUGGGAGUUUGUAAUCUGAUUGAUUGAUUGCUUCUGUGGACAGGUGUCUUUUAUACAGGUAACAAACUGAGAUUAGGAGCACUCCCUUUAAGAGUGUGCUCCUAAUCUCAGCUCGUUACCUGUAUAAAAGACACCUGGGAGCCAGAAAUCUUUCUGAUUGAGAGGGGUCAAAUACUUAUUUCCCUCAUUAAAAUGCAAAUACAUUUAUAACAUUUUUGACAUGCAUUUUUCUGGAUUUUUGUUGUUAUUCUGUCUCUCACUGGCCUACAACUCUCACUGUCGAGAGUUUCAAGUUCCUUGGUGUCCACUUCACCAACAAACUAUUAUGGUCCAAACACACCAAGACAGUCGUGAAGAGGGCACGACAACACCUUAUCCCCUUCAGGAGACUGAAAAGAUUUGGCAUGGGUACCCAGAUCCUCAAAAAGUUCUACAGCUGCCCCAUCGAGAGCAUGUUCUGUUCUGUUCUAUUUCUAUAUCAGUGACAGUGUUCUGUUCUGUUCUAUUUCUAUAUCCGUGACCGUGUUCUGUUCUGUUCUACGCAGGUUCAAGAAGCGGGUGUUGAUAGAACAGCUGGAGAACUUUCUAGAAGAGAUCCACAACAGGGCCAAAAAUAUGAACCACCAGGACGGGUUCUAA